GAAAGGAAAGGCGAAGAAACCAGCUGUAGUCGUCCCAUGUUGGUGACGCACACACGUAGACGACUGUGGAACUAUGGAGAGAAAACAUGUGUCCGCUUUUGCAUUGUAUCAAUCAGCAGUAACCCCUUCGAACCCCUCAAAUGAGGUUUUGCCAGUUAAGAAAAAGAAGAGGAAGUUGCAGAAUGGGCUUCCAAUCGUGAAAUCUAAGAAGAUUAGAAAGACGACUGCUGCAGUACGAAACAGUUUGCAAACAAAGAAGAAAGAAAAGCAAGAGAAGAGCCUGAAUGAUGAAGAACAGCAACCCAGAGAAAUGGCAGGCGACACGCCAUCCUUAAAUACUUUUCUGGACAGCCUCGUCAAAGUCAACAAUAGCAGAGAAAGGGCAAGCAGGCUGUUUCAGUGGUUUAUCCAUCCUAUACCUUCCAAGAACUUUUUUAGGGAUAAUUGGGAGAAAAAGCCAUUGCUGAUCAAACGCCAGGAACGAGAUUACUACAAAGGACUUUUCUCCACGGCAGAAUUUGACAGAAUUCUGAGAGAUGAUGAUGUCCAGUUUGGGGUGAACCUGGAUGUCACCAGUUACAUUAACGGCAAACGAGACACACACAACCCUCCGGGAAGGGCUCUGCCCUACACAGUAUGGGAUUUCUAUGAGAGCGGCUGCUCCCUCAGGAUGCUGAACCCCCAGGCAUUCAACUCCACGGUCUGGAAUGUUCUCUCCAUCCUGCAGGAGCUCUUCGGCAGCAUGGUCGGCGCCAACAUGUAUCUGACGCCGGCAGGCACGCAGGGCUUCGCUCCCCACUACGAUGACAUUGAGGCCUUUGUGGUCCAGCUGGAGGGCAAGAAGCACUGGAGAGUGUACAACCCUCGGUCUGACGAUGAGGUGCUUCCAGUGGUAUCAAGUCCCAACUUCAGCCAGGCUGAGAUCGGGAAGCCCAUGCUUGAUGUGGUGCUAGAGGCAGGAGACCUGCUCUACUUCCCCCGGGGGUUCAUCCACCAGGGUGACUGUCUGCCAGAUACCCAUUCCCUCCACAUCACCAUCUCCUCCUUCCAGAAGAACAGCUGGGGUGACCUGCUCACCAAGCUUGUUCCAGCAGCUCUGGAGAUCGCAAUGGAGGAGGAUGUGGAAUUUCGUAAAGGUCUUCCCCUGGACUAUUUAUCGUACAUGGGGGUUCAGAAUUCUGAUAAGGAGGAUCCCCAUCGAGCAGAGUUCCUGAGUCACGCUGGCUCUCUGAUGAAGAAGCUAGUGAGUUACGCCCCUGUGGACGCUGCUGUCGAUCAGAAGGCCAGAGAGUUUCUGUAUGACUGCUUACCUCCUGCGCUCACUCCAGCGGAGAAGGCCAGCAGUGUUUACGGUGCCCCGGCACGCUGGGAGGAUGGCGAGGCGUUGGGCUUGGCCAAUCACGUGAGGCCUCAGACCAGGAUCCGCCUCAUACGCGCAGGAAUAGCAAGGUUAUGCAGUGAUGGAGAAGAGGUCUCACUUUAUCACACAAUGGAAAACUCCCGUGUUUACCACAAAGAGGAGCUCAAGUUCUUUGAAAUAAAACCAGAGCACACAGAUGCCAUGGAGUUCCUGCUUCACUCAUAUCCCAAGUUUGUCACCGUUUCUAGUUUACCAUGUGAUACAACAGAGGAAAAGCUGUCCCUGGCAGACCUGCUGUUUGAGAAGGGAUUGAUCCACACUGCAGAAUCUCUGAAGUCAGAGUGACCUUUUUGGAUGUACCCAUCUAGGCUGAUGUGCUCAUAGUUCUGUGCUGACCAGAGCACAAAGUGACCUAAACAGUUCUCUGUGUUCUUGAUAUUCUUUACAUUUUAGCUGUUUCAGUGGACGACAUUUGUGAAGUUGCGUUUACACAUUUAAAGAAUGCAGUCAAAAUAAAAUCAAGUCAUUCAAA